CAGGAACAGAAAGGUUUGCGGUCCACAUGCAACUGCGGGGGACGACUGCGUGGUUGCGCAACCCACCCAUUUUCUUGAAUGGCUAUCAGCUAGGCAGAACCAGGUAUGGGAUGCGUCGAUCUGGGGUUGCAUUCUAUCCGAGUUCAAUGUCUAGCCUGCAAAAGUGAUCUCGACUCUUGAGUCGCUUAAAAAGCGGCAUCAAGAAACGCAUUCGUCGAGAGGUAGCUUGCUGGCUGCGAACACGAUGCCAUGACGGGAACUCCCGGAGUUCCAAAUUUGCGAAAUUGCAAUGCAAUGUUCACCCGCAUGCUUCCUGCUCAGGAAUACUACGCUAUGGAGGGCACGAUCUUCACCUCUCCUGCCCAGAAGAUUCUCUCCCCGAGCAAAUCCCCCACCGUCGCCAUUCCCAGAGGAGUAGGCAGACCGAGAGACGGGGCGGAGAAACCCAGCUUUCGUUGGGAUAUAACAUGACCUUUUACAAGGGACCUGCCCAAAUAUCCACCGAGAUGGUCACCUUGGUGUCGAUUAUCCCACUUACUGCCCUGGCCCUUUUUUCCACCUCUUCUUGCCACGUCCAGGCUCCUUCAGUUUUGUUCAACCGCAAGUAUCUCGAGCAACAUCAGCCCUGCAAGGACGGAAACGCAUCCACGAGACGCAGCUGGUUCAGAAGCCGGUUCUUGCACUGCUUUGCGUUAUAUCGGGCUGCGGCGGGUGGGAUACGAGGGGUUGAACCUCCAAAGUUGGAGACUGAACUUGAGCUGGUUUAUAGGCAACUCUGCUGAAAGACCCUGCUCGUGCAAGGUACUCCUCAAGCAUGCCCGGAACGUUACCCAAUUCCGGGUCAUGAUAGUCUCCCAGUUCCCCACCUCGGCGAACUUCGUUACCCAUGGCAGCGGGCAGAGUUGUCUCCAUCCUACCUUGAUGCAUAAGAUUAUUGCAAGCUGCUUGGGUCGAGCUCAUUUUGAGCUUCCUCCCCAGCCCUCUGGAAACCAGCUGGUCCUAGCUUGCCGAGCUCUCCAGCUUUUACUCUGGUUCUCCCCGUCCUUCACCUUGUUCUUUCACUCAUGCGUCCUUUUUCUUAGCACCCUCCAACGGAUCAUAUUACUUCACACAGAGGUUCGACCACAGUCGCUCGCUAACUGUUCACUAUGAAGUUCUCAAUGAUUCCUGUGGCUGGGGCCCUCUUCGUUGCCGGAGUGAACGCCAAGGUCUCCGGCUGCAUGGCCGUUGCUGUCAAGGCCAUCCCUAAUUGUGCCCAGACAUGCUUCAUCGACAACGCUCCGUCUAUCGGCUGUGAUGGCUUCGACUUUGCCUGCCAAUGUGAAAAGCAAGCUGCCUUCUUCGCCGCUAUCGAGUCCUGUGUUGCCGAUUCUUGCGAGACGUCUCAGUUCCAGCCCGUGAUCGAUGGUGCUGCCGAGGUCUGCGCCUGUGCUAUCCCCGCCAACUAUCCUCAUACCGUCUCUGGUACUGUCGUGCCUCCUAAAGGCACUGUGAGCAGCAUCGUUCCUUGCCCAACAACAAUCGGAUCCGUGAUCCCAUCUGGCAUCGCCUCGGCUUACCCCACCCUCUCCGAAGGUUACCCCAUCGCGUCUGAGAUGCCCGGUGCCUCGUCGACUAGUGCCAAACCUCCCGCCGCAACUGGUGGCGCCGGCCGCUCUGCCCAGAUCGGUCUCGGUGCCGGUAUUGCCGUUGCUUUUGCUCUUCUCUAAGUCACGGAAUGGGUGGAAGUCACGACGAAACGAUCAGUACCGAUUGUGAUUGGAAUAAACGAAAGUAUACGAGCAUGGAAAAAAAUGAGAAUGAGGCAUGAGACACACAAACAGAAUGACGACACCGUACACUGAACAGCAAGGGAAUUCGACGACUCCGAUUCUGACGAUACCCAAGGAUAUCCAUGUACCCAACAACAACAAUAACAUUAACAACCUAAUUAUAACUUUCACAUCUCAAAGCCGAUACCCAUUGCACGCAGAUUCACUCAGGGCUACAAUAGGAUUCAAUCCUUAUUUUUUUCCUCAAGGAGAGGGCAGUUUGAGAGAGGUCUGAUCCACCUGGAUCAGGAAAGGAACUGAGCGAGGACGGGCAAAAUUUCCACAAUUGCCAGGGUUAAUUUCACCACAUUGGAUGGAUAGUUCCGAGUCUUGUCGUCGUCAUCGUCCUCGGAGGAGGAGGAGAAGGAGGAAGAGGAGGAGGAGGAAUACGGGAUAAAUAUCCAGAAGGGCUAUAUUAUAUACUAUUGUCUAAUUUUCGCUU